AAUCCUACCCUCACAGCCUCCCUCUGACUAUGAGCAUAGCGCACGUAGCGCUCCUGCGACCUACUCCAUCGCCAUGUUUGAGAUGCGACACAACAACUCCGUCAUCGCCAUAGCAUGCCCUAAAUCGCAUUUGUUGAAAUCAGGCAACUUGCUGCUGAUAAUACAUAGACAUAGACAUAUGUAGUUAUUAAUCAUCGCCAGAGCAUGUCUUUUAUCUUUUGGAUAAUGCAAGGUUGUCAAACCGGUUUAUAUCAGUGUGCCGGUUUAGCAAGUGAAAUGGUUCGACCGGUGGUACAUACCGGUUUGUGCCGGUUCAUGUCGGUUAAUAUUACAAAUAAUUUACAAAUACUCAUAUUUAAACACGACAUUUAACGUCAAUACCUGAAUAUUUGUACUUGAAUCCAAUAAAUAACAUCAACAUUUAACUUUUUAACACAUAAAAUAAAUAAUAAAAUACUUUUUUAUCAAUUAAAUUCACUAAGAUAAGAUCAUUUUAUUUGGAGAUCCAAUUCGAGAUGUUCAAUUGGGCGACCAGGGACUCACCUCCAUUCAAUUCGUUUACUCAUAUGGAGUUCCAACAUAUCACUCUACGGGGCACUUUAGACAUUUCAAUUCCAAAGACAAGUUAGAUAACAGAGAAUGUGAACGGAAGGGCUUAAUGGUUAUCGACCCAUAGUACAUGGGCUUUUUUCAUUAAAAAUAUAGUACAAGGGCUUAUUUGUUAUCUUUGCAUAGUUGAGGGACUUGUAUGCCUAAUUGCCUAUUAAUCCUUAAAAAAAAACAACCCAAAUCCUCGGUUGAAAUGAAAAGCGAUGCAUGAAAUUUUGCAAUUAAUUCCAUCUCUACACAAUUAUUGCUUGUAACUCGUUUUUCACGCCAGGACGAACCGACGAACCAAAGGCCAAAACACGAAGGGUAAAUUAGUCAAAGCCACUCGAAGGGAAAUAGUUUUGGGUGGCGAUAAUUUUGUCUCUUUUUUGCCGUGGAAGUGAACCUUCGUCCCCCGAACGACCAAAGGGGUAAUGAUUUGCUGAUUACCUGGAGCUGGAAGAACCCGAGAGAAAGAUCAACGUCGGCACCUGAGCAAAAUUUUAUUGACCCUCGUUCCUCCCCCGCCGUCGAUUAUUGUGCGACUCGGAUUCCCGGAGUAAGAUUUCAGACACAAGGCUGAAGUAGAAACUGAAUACCAGGAUAAGAACGAAUUCAGCUGCCGCAAUCAGUAGUCGAAGGAUUCUUGGUGACCUUCACCUGGGUGGUUCCUGUAAGUGAAAGCAAUUCUCAUGGUGACUUUCUUCUUCACAAAUACUGCCAAUUCCUGGCAUGAUUCCUCGUUUUAGGACCUGGGUAUUGUUCAUCUUUCGUUUUUGGGAUGUGGGGUUUCAGGAAAUCAUGGGAUUGGUCAGUGAUUGAGAAUUAGCGGAAUACAUUUGUAUUGCGAUAUAGAAAGAUUGGUUCUUUUGUCCUCUUCUUGUCACUAUCAAGCUUAGACGUUUAAUAAUUUGAGUACUGGAACUAUCUGUCGCUUUGUAUUAAUUUAUCCUUGUAUUGUUAGCAGACAAGUUAACUGCUUUAUAAUUUUUGGUACUUUCGCUUUGAACUCAAGCGUUUGGUGUGAGAAGCACAAGAGGAUUGGUUUUGCGAUUCAGUCAAGCAAAAAGAGUGGCACAUUUUAUCAAACCUAAGUUUUGCCUCUGUCCAUUCACCACUUGCUUAGGUAUUGGUUAAUAAGAACUGACUGCCUUUGCCUCUCAAAAUGUGUCGUGAAGAGCAAAAGGUUCUUCUAAGAUGAUAUCUUUAAGAGAUUUAACCAGAACAUCUAUGUGUAGUUCCAAUUGCCGACCUGCCUCCAUGACAGAAUCUACUAUUCUGACCUGAUCUGUGUAUCUAGAAAGUUUAGCCCAGAGCAUAGCUAACUGCAGCCUUUGUUUACCACAUGUUCUACUAGAACUCGGUGAACACAUUUGAAUUUCAAGUGGAGUGGUGAGAAAUAUAAAAGUAUACUGAAACUGCUGUAUCAAAUGAAAGAACUGAAAGUGCUAAGUUACACCAAUCUAGUAUUCUGACUUUGUCUUUCUUUUCCCAUUCUUAAUUGCAAAUAGAUUUCUAUUUGACAGCCCAGGGAUGUACUGCUAUUUGGGCUGGACAAGAUGCAUGGAUUCUCCACUGUAGAUGGAUUCGUGGAGAUAAGUGAGUGCAUGGCGGAGAUGAUUAAGUACGUGGCGAAUGAACCCUCGGUAGGGCUUUUCUACGUUCAGCAGCAUGUGCAAAAUGCAGCUCCAAACGUCAUUAACAUCAGGAAAAGUGUGGUGGAGAGGUCUCGUGAGACAAGCUUGAACACUGAAGACUUGGAGGAUUCAAUUACAAUGGUGAGGUCAAUGAAAGAAUGUGGUUUGCCCAUUGCAAACGAGAUGAUCAAAGACAUCCGGAAAUCUCUCAUGAUAAUGUCCGAGAAACAAGAGAAGAGAGGAUCAGUUCUGAGGUCAUCAUCCUCUGGCUUUCUGAUGAGACGAUCCAGCUCGACAGAAACACCGCCUGGUUGGAGUGAUGGUGAUGAAGCUGUUACCCUAAAAGAUGUCAAGAAGUCAGGCUAUUAUUUCUCCACCAUGUUUAAGACGGCAAAGGAGAAGGCCAGCGGUUUCAAGUGGCCUCAAAUUGAUCUGAAGGAAACCAUUCCAAGUUUCAAUUAUCCAUCACAGCUUGUAGCAUCUUCCAGUGCGAGUUCUUCUGUGGCUGUUGCAGAAGCUGAGGAGUUGCCGUUGUCGAGUGAGGCAGCUGAUGAUGCGGCCGAAGAGCGCCAAACAGAUGCAAAAGAUGAGCUGGAGGGCACGAGCCCCCCACAUUCAAAUGCCAUUUCAGUACCAGAAGAUUAUGAUGUCUUUAAGGCAGAUAAACAAGCCAAACUAGAGGAAUGGCUGGUAGAAAGUGGUGGUAAGCGAGAUAGAUUGCCCCCCAGCAAGUGACAUUGAAAAGAAAACAUUUUGUUCUUUUGGUGGCCCGGAUGAGAUUCGGUUGCUUGUAUAAUCUACUGAAUCCUGUUGUUUUGUAGUAUAUUGUUCUAUAGUUUAUGGUGACAUCCAGUAGGUUUUGAAAUAAAACUCGUGGCUUCUCCAUCUCCUGCGGUCCUCAACUAUACGUAGAUUGAGUGAGAUGAGAUGCCAGCCACAGGUAGAGCAGCCGAAUCGUGCAACCUUGCUGAGUGCUUGAUAUGAAGAGGUGCAAGUUGAAAGAGUUGUCAAACGCACCCUCCUGCUCAUGCUUUCCCAAACUUUCUAAACUCCUGAAGGUUUGUACCCCGAGUAGAGGAUGGUGGAACUCAUAGCUCACUUCUUUUAUAGAGAGGAUAUCAUAAUCGGUUUCCUCGACGAAGUUCUUGCCAGGAAGCGUCAUUGCCAGAAACAAAUGUCUUGUUGAAAGACAAUUAUCCACCAAGUUCAGUCACGUCGAAGUACUGCAGACAUAACUUGGGGAUAUUGUUGAUCAAAGGGUUUGGGAUGGAGGAGGAAAGGUACAGAAGUGGAGGAGAUCAUUAGGAAGGUGGCUAGAUCAACCUACUCAUUUGAUAACUUUCCAUGGCGCAAGGACUAAAAAAUAUAUCGAUAU